ACUAGAAUCUUGAAAUUAUAUAUAGUAAAAGGAUUGUCUUGUGUAUGCACAGUUGCAUAUAGAAAAUUCACAAUACAGUUUUGGACAUUUUACGUGUAAAUUUAGAAAAGUUAACCAGCAAUGACCGACGAUUCCAAUGGGGAAUCCACGUUCGAAUUCGUUGAAAGGAAGGCGGACGAAUCCUCCGCAUCUGGAGAAAUCAUGUAUACAGAUUCUCUUAGCAGCUUAUCCUCGUCUACAUCUAUGUUAAUGCCAUUAGGUGCAUCAAUGUCUACAGGGAAUUUAUUAUCAAAUGUAGCACCACCUAGUGCAUUGCCUAGCUUUGUUUCAAACUCAGGGUCCCUGUUGUCAGACAAACCUUCCCAUAAUGUGGAACCACCUGUGCAGAAGAAACACGAGCCUAAUAAAUCAAUGUUAAAUACUAUUGUUCAAUCUAAGCCUUUACAGCAAGAAACAUAUCAAGUGGCUCCAGCCAUUACCGCUGCUCCGUCCAUACAAAAUGUACAAACCGUAGCGCAAACAGAGAGCCCAAUACAGGAUUUGGGAAUGGUUGGAGGUGGUUUACUAUCAUGGGUUAAAGAGACAGUAGUGAACAGUAAUGUUUUAAGCAAAGUUGCAGAGAAAGCAAAGAAUAGUGUUACCACCAUGAUCACAACGUUAGAUCCCCAGAUGCGUGAGUUCAUUUAUUCUGGCGGUGAUGUAGAGAUUGUGGUUGCUUCGGAUAAAGACGUGAAAAUAAGUCCUGUACGUCAGGCUUUUCAAACAGUCUUUGGAAAAGCAACAGUGAUUGGCGUGCCCGUUGAUAGUUCGGCCGUUGCUGCUCAACCAGUUGGUUUUGCCGCCGGAGUAAAAGGCGCAGAAGAGAGAAUUAAUUCCGCACGAAAUAUUCCAACCUUACCAAAAGACAUACCUAUAAUUGCUGUGGAAAAUUUUUUACUGGAAGUCGGCGAAGAUAAAUGGUACGACUUGGGAGUGAUACUCCUCAACGAUCCUAAAAACAAUGUGAACUUACAAACAUUCACUCAAAUGACGCCAGUGCCAAGUCAGAUAGUAAUAAUGGCGCAGGAUGGUACACCUGAAAAUUAUAAUCUUAAAUGGUCUGGAUUAUCGGUUACCGUUGGUAGCUUAAUGGCAAGCAAUUUACAGGUUUCUCACAAUGAAUGGCACCAUGCGCUUACGGGAGUUUCUAGAAGGGACCUUAUACUUUUAGCGGUUCAAUCGUUGGCUGGAAUUUACAAGAAUACAAUUAAUCCCGUGUAAAUUCUUAUGGAAGAUAUGUCAACGCAAUUUAUCAAUGCGUUGCGUUUUUGUAAAUACAAUUUUACUAAUUUAUAAUAUACAUAAAAAAAAUGUAUCAAGAUUCAUUUCGUAGUCCAGUAGUUCUAACACUAUUUCGAUGCAAUAUUGAAAUUUAUGAAUUUAUUUAAGUUUCAAUAAAUGU